GUGAAAACAUCUGCAGGUUGAUACCUUUCUAUAAUGGUUCAGUGGCAGUAUGGUCCAAAGGUGGAUGGAUGUUUAAGCUGUAACUGACUCUGACUGUUAAAACAAGUGAUGGAUUCUUUAGAUGGGGACAAUGCAAGGGUGAGUGUGAAGGGCCUCGUGUCUACUUUCCUUGACAAAGACUUGUCACGAGUGUCUGCUGGCUCAAAGAACAAGAAGGAUGAGGGCAAAAGUGUGAAGACACCAGGGUCUACGUACUCUGUGAGUCAGAGUACUGGCUGUGUGUCAAAGAAGUCAUCAAAGGACAUCCCUCUUCAUUUUAGAAAAGAACAAUGGGAGACAGCAGACGGUGACUACUCUGCCUAUGAGACUGACUUGUCUUCAAAAGACAUCCCUCUUCAUUUUGACAACAAAAUCAAACAUGGCAUGCUCCAACAUUUGAUUUCUCCUAUGGGCCCAUCCAGGUUAAAAGUACAGUGUCCGCCAUCUGCUGCAUAUGCAGUUCAUAUAAGUGACCACAGUGCCCCUGAUGACUUUAUCCAUAGCAGAGAGGAGGAGGUGAUCUGUGACAUUUGCCGCCACGCUACAGCUGUGAAGACCUGCCUGACCUGCAAUACUUCCUACUGCGAGUACGAUGUCCGGCAGCAUUAUACAGUGAAGGCCCUGCAGAGACACACACUCACAGAUGUGUGUGACGAGGUUGAGGGGAAACGCUGCCUGCACUAUCAAAAGUCUCUGGAUUUCCUCUGCAGGACUGAUCAGAUGCAGAUCUGCAGCAUUUGUGCCACAGGAAAUCACAGAGGCCAUGACAUCGUCUCACAGAGACUUCAUGCUCCAAAUCAGAUGCCUGAUGGUGCAGAAUACUGGGACCAAGCACAAUCUGAGACAGUGCCCCCUCCUGGUAGGAUAGAGUUUCUGUCAGUGAAGCCAAACUCUGUGGUCCUUAGCUGGGGAUGCCCACAGAGACUGGAGGGUCCCAAGAGCUUCAGGGUGAAGUGGAGCUCCUCUGUGAGGAUGGAGGGUUCUCUCGUCAUCAAGGACAUUCAUAAAAUUGAAAUAAACAACCUUCAGUUUGGACAACAGUAUUUCUUCAGUGUGGCCACCGAAGACAAGGAUGGCAAUUUAAGUGAAUGGGUCACAGCAUCUGUUUACACAGCGGUGCCAGCCCCUCGGCACUUAACAAAAGGACAUUCAGAGGCCACAGCUGUGUCCUUGAAAUGGACCAAAGGAGACAACAUGGAGGGAGUCCCCCAGCAAUUCCUUGUGACUGUUGAAAGUCAAGGAAAAGAGCCGCUAGCCAUACACACCAAAGACUGCUACAAGAUAUUGUCAGAUUUACAGCCGGACACAGAGUACGUUAUCUCUGUCUCAACAGUGCUGAAUGAUCAGUGCAGUGAGCGGAUCUCUAUAACUAUACACACAGAGCCAUGUCUCAGGGAGGUGCUGUCAAAGAUCGGACUUGAAGACCAGUAUGACAACAAGCUCACACUUAGCAGUGCUCUUCAGAUUGAUCAAGAUGAUACAUCAGACAAAAAUCUUGAAAGUGCAAAGUCACUUCCUGAGGCCUUUUUGAAGAAACUUAUGAUGUUGAAUGUGAAUGCUAGAAGUGUCAAAUGUGUGUCCAGCAAUGUCAACACAGACAGGAGCGAUGCCAUCAACCCGCUGGACCUCAUAACCGCAUUGUUUCUCUGUUCAGACAGCUUACUUCAGCAGAACAUGGUUGUGAAAAUGGCACUCUGCCAGUUUGCUGUCCCACUCCUGCUGCCCAACUAUGAAACAAGAGAAAUCACCAUGAUUUUGUGGUCCUUGCGGGAAAUCGUUCAGACCUGCAGACCCUCCAUCCAGGCAUUCAGAAAGUUCAACUAUGAAGAACGAAUUGUGCUCUCAGAUAUUCCCCUAGUGUCAUUCGUCAGAUUGGGGAGGACAAUCUCGUCUAAGUCUCAGAUGCUGAACAAACUGUUCAGCAACACUCAGGAGUACCAUGACAUAUUUUAUCAUCGAAACAUGGUGUGUGGUGAUGUCUCCAGGAGGAUUUCAGACGGACUGGUAGAAAUCAGCUGGUACCUCCCGUGUGGGAACAGGAACACAGACAAAUUCACUGAGCCGCUUGCUGUUGCCAACCUCAGAGGAGACAUCAGGGUCUUUGACGAGCAAUUCUCAUUCCUCUGCCAGACAUCUGCAGCUGUUUACAUCUUUUGCGAUGAAUCAGAAGCAGAUUACUUCAAGAUUCUGGAAGGGAAAGAUGUGAAAGCAAAGAUCAUUUUGAUUAGCAGCGUACAGGGGAAAACCUCUACACUCAAAAUGAUGACGAUGAAACCAAAUUUAAAGACAACAAAUGUGAGCCAGAAGAAAAAGUCUGAUGCAGAGCUGAUAAAAGCCCUCCAAGAAUUAAUCUCUAAGAUGCUAGAAACUUGCCCAGACAAAGUGUCAGUGGCAAAUCUGGCUGACAGAGCUCGUUGGUGUGGGAUCCUGGUUGAUGAGGACAGUGAUGAAUGCCAGAGUGCGUGGAAGAAUGCUGGUAAAAUAACAGCACACAUCGCCAACACUUCAGAAUUCAAAGACAAACAACUACCUUUCCAGGGAAACAUCUGGAAGGAGCUAUCAAGGCUUGAAACCGAGUACUGGAGAUUGCGAGAAGUUGGCAACCAGAACACUGAAGUCUACCGCAAGUCUUUGAAAACAAAAGAAAAAGAGCUCAGAGGGAAACAGCAAAGAUUUGAGAUGACAGCUGCAAUGUUAAGCUUCCUUCACGGGAUGGUCACCUCAGAAAUGCAGCGCUACUAUUUUCUGAAAUGGCUAGAAAUUGAUUUGGACAUUCUGUCCCGGCACCAGCUGUCAGCUCUGCAGGAUCGAUACAAAGAGCUAAGUGAGAAAUUUCCCCAGGACACAGAAAAAAUUGCGGAGAUUGAUAAGCAAAUAUCUGUUUGUUCUUUGGGCCUGGUGCACUUUUUUCGAGAGUGUGGGCAGCUGUAUGAAUGUGCGAGUCACUUGCCAGAAUACAGCCAUCAGAAAAAAAACAGGGAACAACUCCCUAGGCUUUGUGCUCAGAUGCUGCUGAAUGGUUUCCCUCUUGAGCUUGUUGAUGGAGACGCAGCAAACAUCCCGAUGAAAUGGAUCACUGAAGUGCUUACUGAGCUUCACCACAUUUUGCAUCCCAGCAGUAAGCUCAAAGUCAUCACAAUCAUUGGAGCUGAAAACUCAGGAAAAUCGACUCUGCUCAACACCAUGUUUGGGCUCAGGUUUGCUGUCAGCAAAGGAACAUGCACCAGGGGGGCGUUCAUCCAGCUGAUCAGUGUCAACAAAGCUGUCAGGAAGGAAUUGGGGUGCGACUGCAUCAUGAUCAUUGACACUGAGGGACUGAAACCGCAUCAGAUGAUUCAAGAUGAUCACAGCCAUGAACGUAAUAAGGAAGUAGCAAGCCUUGCUGUGGCACUAAGUGACACCACAAUCGUCAUUGUUUCCAGGGAUAACUCCGAAGAGAAAGACAUCUUAGAGAUGGUGCUUCAUGCUUUCACAAGGUUAAAGAAUGUGGGCAAGAAGCCACUGUGUCAUUUUGUGCAUACCAACAUGUCUGCCAAGCCUGCUGUAGAGAAAAAGAAGAGAGGUACAGAGUUGGUGAAACACCUCAAUGAAAUGAUCUGGAAGGACACGCGGAUGAAGAAGGCCAAGGUCACUAAGAUCUCAGAUGUGAUGGAGUUUGAUCCAGACAGUUGCACCUGGUACAUUCCUCCGGUUUGGCACGGGACUCCACCAAUGGCCUCUUUCAGUGUUGACUACAGUGAAACUCUGCAUGCUUUGAAAAAGAGACUGAUAGGGGACCUCAAAAAGUGCCAGCAAAGAGGUGAUCUGAUGCAUUUUAUCAGCAGUGUAGAUAACUUCUGGAAGGGCGUUUGAGAAAUGAAGCUUUAUC